GCUGAUGGUCGCGGUCGGGCCCGAGGCCUCAAGUGGACAUUCAUGAAAUCUAAAAGGCAUUUCAGCAGUGCUUCAGCUCUGUAACUAUAGUUGUUUGUCUUUAGUGAUUGAUGACUGAUGACAAGGUUUUAGUACCUUUGAUACAAACUGAUAAGUCCCUGUUGCCUAGUUAAAAAAGUGAAUUGCAUCUGAUCAAAUCAUCUUAAGUUUUGCUCUCAUCUGAUUAGGUAUUGAUUGCACGCUUUUAGUAAUAAACAAAGUGUAUAGUUAACAAACAUUCAUUUUUGUCAACAUUAUGUGUAUCCUUUUUUUGUACAUUAACCCAAAACCCAAAGAGGGAGAAUAUAAGAUAAUCCUUGUCAACAAUCGUGAUGAAUUAUAUAACAGACCUACUAAACCUGCUCACUUUUGGGGUGAUGGUGAAAUUCUUGGAGGAAUGGAUGAACAAGACACAUGUAAGGGUGGCACAUGGUUGGCUGUGACAAGGCAGGGCAAAAUCUCCACUUUACUCAAUGUUUUUCAAGCGACCACAGAGUUUACCACUGGCAGGGCCUCGAGGGGCUUCCUGGUUGUUGAUUACCUGAAGUCACACAAAAAGGGACAGGAAUACCUUGAGGAGGUCAAAAACUCUGGGAAGGUGUAUAAUGCAUUCAAUCUUUUAACAUUAGAUCCUGAAGGGGGCUCAUAUCAUGUUAAUUUCUAUAACAACAAUGAAAAGACCAUACAUGAAAUACCACCAGGGGUCCAUGGCUUUGGGAACUGCCCACUUAUAAAACCCUUCAAGAAAGUACAGAAGGGUGAAGUAUUACUACAAAAUCUGAUUAAUGAUUAUGGACAGAAAGAAUGUGAAGAAAAACUAAUUGAUGAACUGUUUGAAAUGAUGCAGGACAAAAAGCCUUACUUCCCUGAUCCACAGCUAAGUGAGCAAGGCAAAGGGCACCCUGAGCAGUUCAUUAAGAGCCUGUCCAGUAUUUGGGUCUGUUUUCCAGCUGGUAGCUAUGGUAGCAGGACCACCACUAUCAUUCUAGUUGAUCAGGAGAACCAGUUGGUGUAUAGGGAACGCACUAUGCAAGAUCCAAUAAAUCCAAGCAGUCCACAGUGGAAGAGUAGCAACUUUGCAUUUACCAUAACUCCUAGUAACUCAUAACUUUAAGCAAAGCAAUAAGUCAAUAGUAUAUGCUUUGCAAAUUUAAUUAUUUCAAUUUACCAUUGCCAAACAGUUAUUUUAUGAAAUGUUUAACCAGUUGAAUAGUCCUAUCAUGCAACAGUUUUCAAAAACACAAUAGACUUUUUCUUACAAGCUUAUUUAAAACUAUGAACAUAUAGAAGCAGUCUAUAGUCUGUUUCACCAAAAUAUUACAGGCGGCCACACCCCCUCAUCAAUUUUGACUGGCCAAGUGGCAGCCAGUCACUGCGCUGGAAAAGUUUAGUCUGCUUAGCCAAGGAAGCUCGCUCUGCACUCACGCUGCCUCGCAGUGCUAUGUGAUUCAUGAAAAUAAUAUUUAUACACCUCAAUAUCACCAUGAAAUAUUAACUUUGAAAAUGCAUUUUUUCCAUUGAUCAUGUACAGUGCCUAAACUGUCAAACAUUAUGAUGAGACAGAAAACAUAGCCAUAAGUACACUUAACUUGAAUACUAUAGAUGGAAGUAUAAACUUGUUUUUAUCGUUUAAUAAAAAUAUCCUCAUUCAUCAUAUGAUAUCUACGAGAAAAAAUAAUUAGUCGUCUUGUGUUAAAGAAUGAAUGUUAUAAAUAAUGACUCAAGGAUGGCAAUGUUACUAAGAAAACACAGGUAGACGUUGCAGUAUUCCAGAUGGUAUUAGAAAACUAAGAACAUAGCACAGAGUCGCGACGCCAGCAACCGAGGCAGAAGCAAACUGACGGGUUCUGCCCGGUGAUUUGUUGCCAUAGAGCUAACCAAAAUCAAGAGAGAAAAAGAGGAGGCGUGGGCACCUGUAAUAUCCUAGUGAAACAGACUAUAGUUGGAGGAUGAAGUAACUCACUUGGCACGUACUUUUAUAUGAGGUGAGCCUUGAGGCAAAGCUUAUCCUUUCCAAUGUGUCAGGUCUGGCUUCCAGAUUUUUACAAAAUAUUAUUAUGGAGUACCAUGGAGGUCAUAAUCUUAAUCUCCCAUGAUCCAUAUCCUUGUUCUUGCUCACAUAGGACAGCACAAGUAAAACCCACUCCUCACUGAGAGAAAUACAAUUAUCAUCAUCAUUAUCACCACUAAAAUUAUCAUUGACUCCUUUCUGCAGUGGCAGGAUGGGGAGUCAAAAUAGAACAUGUAACCAUUCCAAUGAUUGUUUGUGGGUAAACUAGUCUAGGAGGCAACCAGCCUCGUUCAGGAAUUUAUUCAGUAUAGUGUGGCAUAUUGAUUAGUGCUACCAUAAGCCUUACUCUAUAAUUUCUGUUAAAAAUUGCAUGUGUCAUGAAAUCAUUCUCACAGCCAGUUUAAGGUAACCAUCAUAAUGAGAGAAUUUUAUUACACAAACAGAUGUAACUAAACAUUUUCCCGUCUCCUUGUCACUGGCCGAUCUUGUUACAUUGACAUUUCUACUGCCCUCACUCUAUUGUUUCUAGUUGUCUUCCAUUAGUGUUAGUAUCAGGUCUGGUGAGCAAUGCAAUCCAGACAAUAUGUUAGGAAGUUUGUGUAAGUGUUACCACUGUUAAAGAGGCUAUAUUUGAGGUUUGCCCCUUAGGUCCAACUACCGUUUACCGUUGAUGUGGUUUCAGUGCCGCUGGCGCAGCGCUCUACGAGGGCUGUCAACAAUUACAACGUUAGUCUCAAUAAUAGUCUUCGAUGCACUUAUUCUCAAACAUCGUAGCGAGUGAGUGAGUGUCUUAAUUGCUUUCACGAAUAGUAUCACAAAUAUCCAUUGGUUCAGUUUUCAUGUCUGAUAUUUUCGUUAUUGUAUCACAAUUACAUAUCCAACAAUUAUUUUCAACUCACUGAACAUUUAUCACACACAAUUUAUCUUUGAGUAUCACAAAUAUUCAUUACUUAAUUUUCCAUUAAUCUGUUCUCUCAAUUUCAGUCUGUAGAACUACACAACACUGAUCAUUCGCUGAGUGGUUGAUUUCAGGCUUCUUGUACCUCGCACAAUUUAUGCAUUUCUUCUCAGCCAUGGCGCACUCCCUGGAUUUAUGAUCCCCGGCACAUUUGAAACAUUUUGGGGCUUCUCCAUUGGUCUUUACAGUACAGUUGGCCUCAAGAUGGCCAUAUCUUUGACAAUGAUAACAUAUGAUUGCAUGGUAUCUAUCUCUCACGGUAUACACUCCCCAUUCUAGUUUUAUCUUGUCAUGAUGCUUGUUGGUCAGCUCUCUAACAGUUGGGUCACAUUUCAAAAUACGUAUAGUGCAUUGUGCCUCCAGCAGCAGGGUUAAUGAAAGUCUCAAUUUUCCCCUCAACUCCUGGAAUCGAGUGUAGAACUCAUUCCUGUUUAACAAUGUCUCAAUUAUCUUAUCCCCGGUCUCCUCCUUAUGCACAAUGCAGAUCUUUGGCCUUAAUUUUUCCACACUUUUUGUGCUAAUUUGCUCUACGAUUUCUAAUUUCUGAGUUGCUUCAUUCCUUAUAUUCUCAUCAUCAAAGUUCAUAACAAUGUUACCUCCAUUCAUGAAUCUUGAAUCAGUAAUCUGAAUGCCUUGAAAUGCUUGGGAAACUUAAUUUUUCAUCUCAGUAGCCUUUUUAUCUUGAUCAGAGGCCUUUACGACAAGCAGAUGCUUCUUCCUCCUCUGUUUUGCUACAUCAGCCCAGCUGGCGUCAUCCGUCUCUGUCUUGCCACCCAGCUUCUCUUUCACACUGAGUGCAUGAGUUUCAACUUAAUUUUUCACAACUAAUGUUUCUCUUGAUAAUUUUUGCUUAAAUUCAUCCAAUUUAUCCACAAUGUUGGUUGCUAAAGAUGCAUUGUAUAAGCAUGGCGAACACACCCAGUUUAUUUUGGGUAUGUUAUCCUGCUUGACCCCUGUCAGAUGAGCACACUUCACAUGACACCACUUAGGGCACAAAUAGCAUGCAAUCCACUUAUCUCCUGAAUAGUCUUCACAAACGCAACACGCGUCUCUCAGAGUCCUGCUCCUGCUGCUCACCAUUGUCGAGUCAGCAGAUCAGGAGCACACAAACGACACAUCCACUCUCUCCCACUGUCACUCACUCACUCCAUAAAUACUAUAUUUGCCAGUGUCAAAGGUACAUUUCGUUUUCAAUUGUAACAUUUAACCCAUUCAUUGCUAAGCGCUUGCAACGAGACUAUCCCCUCAGGCGCGCUCGGGCACCCCAGCGGGGAAAGGGGAUUUCUUUUAACCGCUAUAUCUCAAAAACUAUUCAUCACAGCUACUAAACAAAAACACCAUUGGAAAGAGGAGGCCAAGAUCUAUAAGAUUCGGUUAUGUAAGCCUCUCCUGCGAACGUACAGGCACGUUCAGAGGGUGUAUUUUGCUGUGAGUGUGACUGGCGCUCGCAGCAAGCUUUUAGCACCACCAGCAAGUGAUGCUAGUGCUUGCUCUUUUAACCUCUGUAUCUCAAAAACUAUUCAUCACAGCUAAAAAACAAAAACACCAUUGGAAAGAGGAGGCCAAGAUCCAUACGAUUUGGUAAUGUAAGCCUCUCCUGCGAAAGUUCAGGCACGUUCAGGGGGUGUUGCCUGUGAAGACGUACAUUUAUACGUGUGCGACGGUCAGCCAUAAAGCAACUACUGUAGAUCUCUUGAUGAUGGGGUGCUGGCGGGGCAGUAUUGCCAACUGCAAAAUUUACAACUAUUUGGUCAAAAUAUCAGUCUUGUGAUAGGUGAAGCUAUGCAAAAAUGUCGCUAUAUUGGACAACAACAUCCACCAGUUGCUCGUCCGUAGAUUUUCCGUGCUGGACUGACAUGAUUUUCCACCAAAUUUAGUGGAGAACCCACUCAAUUGGCAAUCCUGUGUUGUGAUAAAUAUUGUUGGAACACUCAUACGUGGGAGAUUUGGGUGCGGCUGGAGCUCGCAGCGAGCGUUUAGCACCACCAGCAAAUAUGCCUAACACUCGCUGCGAGCGUUUAGCCAUGAAAGGGUUAAAAAAUAAUAAUAAUCUCCAGACCUUGACCAAUUUUACACAUCUGCCAUAUGCUACUACUAGAUCAGUACCUCAUCUUGAUAUAUAUGUACAAACCGUGCAAUACACACAUAUACCAUUCUGUAACAACAGUGCCAUGUGGAAGUUGACUUGCCCUCUAUGGAGGUUUGUUUACCACUAGUGCUGCUCCUGCCUGAUGACCAAGACCAGGACAUAUAGGAGCAGUGUGUAUGAUAAAGGAUACAGGACUCUGUCACAAAGGACUCCUCUGAGGAGGAGUAAAGAGAGGUAUGUGGGAGGUCUCGCUGAGGAUGUUGAGGGUUGUUUAGAUACAAACGACCUUAGACCUGCCUUGAGUUUCAGUAGGGCUACUCAAAGCCUAUGUUGAUCUCAAGAAGGCCUUUGACUCAUUGCAUCGCGAGGCACUCUGGGACAUUCUGCAUAUCCAUGGGAUUGCUGCAUUUAUUACUGACCUGAUGACUGGCCUUUUCUUUGGGACUAGAGAGUGCUGUGAAGUGUGGGGGAGGCAUUUCCAUCUUCUAUUUUGUAUAUUCAGGAGUAUGGCAAGGGUGCGUCCUUGUUCCAUCACUUUUCAACACUUGCAUGGACUGGAUAUUAAGCAAAGUUGUUGUUCAAAGACGUUUCAGAGUAUUUGUUGGUGAAAUCAAGGUCACAGACUUUGUUUUUGCUGAUGAUCCUGUACUUCUCGUUGAAUUGAUUGAGGUUCUGGUGAUGUCUAGUCAUUUGGAGGCUUGCCAGAUGACGCAGUUUAGUCUGUUUAUGCAUGUGGUGAGGACAUCAAGGUCACUAAAAUUAGCAUAGUGCACAACAAUGGUGGGUCUUGCCAGGAAGUCACUCGAUAGAUUGGCCUUGCCCAUUGUGUAAUGGACUUGUUCAACAUGAGUGUAUGGCAUUGUCAAUAUCUAGCCAGGCGGGCAAAGAUUAGAGUCUUUAAGUCGCUUGUGCUCCCUGCCUUACUGUAUGGCUGUGACUGGAUAGUGACUUGGAGAGACGUGUCGAUGCCAUUGGUACCAAGUGCCUUUGCAGGAUCAUGGGAUAUUGUUGAAUGACUUCUUGACGAACCAGCAACUACCUAAUAAAACUGAAUCAAGGCCUGUUACCAGCUUAGUCUGUGAACACCACCUCCAGCCAAAUGGGCACGUGGCACACUUCAUAGGCAUCGAUCCUGCUUAUAGGGUUGUUUCUGUACGAGACAGCUGUGAGUGGAGGAAACCAAGGGACACCCAUGCAACUCAAGGCUGGGGCAAGUUUAUUGUUCCAUAAAGGGGCUUGGAAUGGGAAUGGUAUCUGCAUGGAGGCUUGCCUAGGGGUGUUGGCAUGGAAGUGAAGUGACAUCCCCAUAUAGUUAUAUAAUGGGCCUGGCUUUUAAAGGAACUUGUGGUCAUGGGGUGACAGGCAGAGAGAAUGAGAGAAGCUUUACAUUACAGAGUUAUGUCCACUAUUAUCAAGCUGUCAGAUGAUAUUCAGGAAAACUGAGCCUACCAUUGUUUUCAUGAGAUUUCUGCAUAUCAAGAGCAUAAAUUAAUUACAGUAAACUAUACCUAGAAUAAUAUAAUGAUGGCAAAAUAAUUUAGUACAUAAACAUUUUCUCUCACAAUUUUUCCUGUAAAUUUGCUUGCAUUGAAUUUCCUUUCACUGUCUCUGAAUCAGCACACUUUUUCCAGUUCUAGUGGUAUAAGUCUUGUUGACAAAAACAAAAAUCGUGCCUGAACAGACUGUCACCAUGGUGAGCUCUGCUUCUUUUUAGCCACCCAGCAGCUGCUGGUGAUAGCAGAGUUUGCUGUUGCUGUUCAAGACUUACAUGUGUGUCGAAUGGACAACUUUCCAUUUUUGUCAAUUUUUACCACUGGGUUAUUUUAGCAUGUGUACAUGUCAUAUACCAACAGAACUGGAAGUGUGAAUUAUUGCAGUUUCUCUAAUGUAAUAUUUGAAUUUGUAUUUGGGCAUGGUUAUUAAACUGUUGAAUGUUGAGUUCAAGAAGAAUGGUGUGAAGUCAAGAAGUUUUCACCAGUAAGAUUUCAUAGGGCUGUAUUUGAAAUCCAUUAUUUCUCAUCAUCUAUAUUGAUCAGUGGUGGGCGUUUCAAUAACUUUUAUCGACAAUGAUUAUCAAAAUCGUUAUUGACAAUAAUGUUUUUCAAAUUUGCCAUUAUUGAAGUCACGUUAUCGAAGUCCCCGUUUCGGACAAUCGAUAACGAUACUUUUUUCAAUAACUUUUUCAUUAAACUUUCACUUUCCUUCUCUUGACCUCUUGAGUUGUUAUACGUCCAACUAUAUAAUGGGUUUGAGCAUUGUGGUCUUGCAUUGCUGCACCGUCCACACCAGGGUAGCCAAGGAGCUCAACUCGUAGUCUUCCAGCAGGAUGUCCAAGGGGAUCUUUAAUGAGAGGCUCUUCCCCGCGCACUACAGGGAGAUAUUUGUGGCCUUGUUCAGGCGCACAACACAGCUAUCCCAAGCUCAGUUGCAGUGGAGAGGGUGUUCUCAGUGGGGUCGGACAUCUUGAAGCCCAAGAGGAGCACCUUCACAUCCAUGAACUUUGAGAGGUUCGUGUUGCUGAAGGGCAACGACCACCUGCUGCAGUUUGAAAUCCCUGAGGAGGAGGCAGAAGAUGUCUUUGCCUAGUUUGUGUAUAGUUUUUGUUUGUUUCAUAUAUAUUACUAUAUUAAAAAAUACAAUUUUUUUACUGUUUAAGACUUUCUUUGGGGUAAACAACUAAAUAAUAAUGGUUUUUAUGAAAGAAUUGGUUAAAAUAAUAUUUAGAAGUAAAAAUGAGCAUUUUUGUUGUGUUCGUAGAAACCGCUAGUUAUGGUUAUUGCGUUAUCGAAGUCACCGAUUUGGUUAUUGAAAGUUAUCGAGUAAUAGUUAUCGAAGUCACUGCAAUCAAAAAAGGUUAUCGAAGUAUUGUUAUCGAAGACUGGGUCGAGUUAUUGAGUGCCCACCACUGAUAUUAACCAUCUAGAUUCUGGUAUAGAUAUUCACACACACACACACACACACACACACACACACACACAGACACGGACACACACACACAAUGUGCUAAUGUAAUUUAAUUAUCAGAUGGAAUUUUAGACUUGAAAAUUGGCUGAAAAAUGUAUUUGUGCAGAGUAGGUCCAGUGCUUGCCAUGAAUAUUCAAACAGCUGCUAACAUUGUUGAAGGAUCGUCAUGUUUGGCUGGGGCUGCAUUUCAAGGGCCGAACCAUCCACGCCAUGCCACGAAUAUUGAACUGUCCUUUAUUCUGUUUCAUGCAUAUUUUGCACCUACAUUUUUUUAUGUAUAAUAUGCUUACCAUAAUGAAGCAUUAUGCUUGCUAUUUUAUGAUAGCAAUUAUUCAUUCUGCUUAUAGACCUGUGCCAAACUUCAUACUUGCUGAAUAAAAUAUCAUGAAGCUGUAGGACGGGCCUGGAUGUGAAUUGAAAAAAUUCUACACAUUUAAUUAAUAAAAUGUAAAUAAUCAAAUGUUUGAAAUUGAAAAAAAAAAAAAAUGGAAUUCCCUGUGAGCUAUUUUGUCAAGUUACUAAUCAAAAGUAUGGUGGAGCUGUGAUGGGAUGCAUUAACUUUUAUAACAUUGAUUUUUUUUCAAAAAACAGCUCCAGUUUAUUGUGAUGAGAAAUCAACAGUAUAUUUACAAUUUCCACAUAUUAUUCCUAACAUUGUUUUGGUGUUAUAAAAAUAUAUACUAUGCAUGUGAGUUGAUUAUUCAUUUGAAAUUGAAUAUGACUAUGCAUGGCUUUUUGGAUUAUAAAAUGGAAUAUUAAAAUAUUCAAAAGUUAAA